AUGCCUCGCACAAGGAACUUGGAACGAAUUUCGAAAGCCACCAAGGGUAUGCUAGAGAGGAGAAGAGCACUGAGGCUGGAUCCGACCAACACAUCUCGAGCGAUUGGUAGAAAAUACCAGUUGCAAAACAGCUUUGCAAGAAGAUCUUCGAAAGUACAGGCAUUCGAAACUUUUAAAGACAGCACUAAGAAGGAGAAGUCUAAAGAAGUACCGCAGGAACCUUCUCUACUAUCGUGUUCCGCUGACAACAUUACUAAACGAAGAUGGGACUCGUACGUCUUCCCAACAAAAGAUUUAAAUGAUCACGAAAAGAUUCUACACCAACCUCUUCCGCUCAUCAACACCCGUGUCAAACCCCGUUAUUCCCACUUGAGAAGUAUCACCACGAUUCUACCUGCUGAAGUACGCGCCGUAAUCCAGACCAUGAGGCAGCCAUGGCUCCGGGAUUGGACCAUGUUUCUGUCGACCUCUUACAAACUGGAGGACAUCGCCUACACGAGAUACUUGCGGAACAUCUAA